AUGCGCACAACAUGCAAAAAUCCAUCACCGCUACUAGCCUCUCAUCCUUCCCGGCGACGACGCAAAGCUGGCGUGGUGGACCCCCUUCGCGUUUGCGGUGAACAAGCCUCACCGGCGCGUCUACAACAGCUGUGUGAAGAUGAAGAACGACUUUGGGAACUGCAUUUUGAACUCCCCCUGCUUCCAGAGCGGCGCGGAGCUGCACGAGUGCGCGCAUUCCAGAGACCUAGAUUGGGUAACGCAGGAGUGCCACGAUCUGCGGUUCGGAUACGAACAGUGCAGACGAGAUUUUCACAGGCGAAAUGUCAUCUGGCAGUUCGGAAAUAGGUGGUCGAAUUGACUGGUGAGUGUGUCACCAUUUUGUAGCGCGCUGCAGCGGCGCGGGCGCUUUGCAACUACACCAAACGAGUUGUGCUGCUAUGCUUUUACUGUAACAUUAUUGAUUCAUCUUCAUUGACCAGAAGUGAUGAUUGCGUCGACCUCGUAUAUUGCUGUUCUCCUUAUCAAAGCAGAUCAUCG